AUGACUUGCUAUCUAGCUUCGUCUGUCGAUAUACUUGACUUGUCAUUCGAGGAGAACGACAUAGAUGACACUGUUGAAUUGAAGGUGGAGAUGGUUGGUAUACAUGAGAAAAGACUGAGGAAAUGUCUGUCAAAAUUGAAAGGAAUAGAGAAAGUGGAAGUGGAUGCUAAUAGUCAGAAAGUGAUGGUCACAGGAUAUGCAAACAGGAACAAAAUACUUAAAGCCAUAAGAAGAGGUGGUCUUAAAGCUGAUUUCUGGUGUAUCCAAAACGAGCUUCUCAGUGUUUAUGCCAGUGCAAGUUAUGGAAGCUUGAGAUUCAACAACUUCAACUUCUAA